CCUGCCCGAGUCGCUGGCUCGCUCGGUCUGCUCUUCCUGCUCACUGGUUGUUGCUCUUGUGUCAUCGCAUUGUACCAUUACCUUCCCUUUAGCGUGCCAGUAUAUCGUUCCUGCCAUUGACGUUUGAUAGCAACGUCAUCACAAAUAGUCCCGAGAUGGGUCACGACGCAGAAACCAAUGGCGUCAACCACACGCCAGAGCCAGAAAUGUCGACGCUUGACAAGGCACGCACGAGUGUGUGGCAAUCAUUACAACAAAUGAAGACACUUUUGAAUGCAGUGAAAGCACCUCUACCAACACACACAGGAGAUGGCUCGUACCUGCCGCAGCCAGAGAAGGACAGCUUAUGGAAAGACGUGGCCGAGAUCUUUCGCGACAUUCCAAGGCAAGAUGUCAACGAUCUAGAGGGCUUGUUCAAGAUUAUCAAAUCUGCCAAGUUCGGUCAGCCCCUAAAUGACAAGGAGUAUCUGAUGGAAAGCAUGAUUGCCGUGGCCACAAAAAUGCCUGACAGCUUCCUGCAAAAGAAGAUCACAGAGACGAUGGUCACAACCUUGUGGGACGACCUUGAACACCCGCCCAAGACACUUUUGAGCGACGAGUUUCUCUUCCGUCAGCCAGAUGGGAGCAACAACAGCUACUUAUACCCAGACAUUGGAAAGGCCGGCAUGCCCUACGCUCGUACUGUGGCGCCCAAAGUCAAACAAGGCGGCGUCUUGCCAGAUCCUGCUAUCCUAUUCGACUCGCUCAUGGCCCGCCCAGAAGGCAAGCAUGAACAGCACCCAAACAAAAUAUCCUCGAUGCUCUUCUACUUGGCUUCGAUCAUCAUUCACGACAUUUUCCGCACAGAUCACGAUGAUUACAACAAAUCCAGCACAUCGUCGUACCUCGACCUGGCUCCAUUGUAUGGGUCCAAUUGGGAAGAGCAAAAGCGUAUGCGAACGUUCAAGGAUGGCAAGAUCAAGCCCGACUGCUUUUCCGAGACACGACUCUUGACUUUCCCACCUGGUGUCGGAGCAAUACUGAUCUGCUUCAAUCGAUACCAUAACUACGUUGUGGAGCAGCUCGCCGCCAUUAACGAAGACGGAAGGUUCAGCGUCGACCCGAAAAAGCCUACAAUUUCCCGCUACGGCGAGGACAAGCUCGACAAGCGUGACGACGACCUCUUCCAGACGGCUCGUCUCAUUACCUGUGGUCUGUACAUUAACAUCAUCCUCAUCGACUAUGUUAGGACUAUCCUGAAUUUGAAUCGAACCGACGACAACUGGCAACUCGAUCCGCGCAUUAAUAUCCCUGACGGCCCACCAGUUGCCACUGGUAAUCAAUGUGCAGCAGAUUUCAACCUUGUUUACAGAUGGCACUCUUCUGUCUCUCGUCGAGAUGACCUGUGGACACAGCAAUUGUUCCGGGAAAUGUUUCCAGGAGUACCACCUGCAGAUGCAGCAAAGCCACAGCAUAUGUACAAGUUCUUGGGCAAGCUGAAGGAAAUCCAGGAGACGACAGAAUCCAAGAUGCCCAACGAGCGUGACUUCCCAGCGCUGAAGGAGGAGAAGAUGGAGCGCAUCAAAGCUGGUCCUUUCGCAGGAAGGUACGACGAUGAUGACAUCGCCAAUCUGUUGACCAGUAGUAUUGAGGACUGCGCCAAUGCCAUGGGUCCAAGACAAGUCCCUACCGUCAUGAAGGCAGUCGAAAUUCUCGGCAUCCAACAGGCCAGAACGUGGAGAUGUGCCACCUUGAAUGAGAUGCGAAAGCAUUUUGAUCUGAAGCCGCAUGAGACUUUUGAGUCCAUCACAGAGAACGUGGAGGUACAGAAUGCCUUGAAGCAUCUCUACGAUACUCCAGACCAGGUGGAACUCUACCCUGGUCUCGUGGUCGAAGACGCGAAAGAUCCCAAAAUGCCUGGCUCUGGUCUCUGCCCAUCGUACACGACAUCUCGCGGUGUGUUAUCCGAUGCUGUUGCUCUCGUCCGCGGCGACAGAUUCUACACAAGCUCGUAUACGCCUGCACUGCUCACCAAUUGGGGAUAUCAAGAAGCUUCGUCAGAUCUUACGAUCGACAAUGGCUGUGUGUUCUACAAGCUCUUCCUUCGUGCGCUGCCAAACAGCUUCAAUCCAGCUUCGACCUACGUACACUACCCUCUGACUGUUCCGGACGAGAUGCACAACAUACUGAAGGGACUCAACAAAGCUCACAUUUACAACUUUGACAAGCCAAAGGAGAGUCAUCACCCGACCGUGCUCUUCAGUGCCGCAUCCGCAAAGCAAGUCACUGAGGAUCCAGAAACAUUCAAGGUGACUUGGGGUCCAGCAAUGGAAUUCCUGAUGGGCCCACGAGCCAAGAACUUCAUGCUCGCUGGCGAUGGGCCCAAGAAUACCCAGUCCAGAAAUGUUAUGGAGAAGGCCGUAUAUCAAGGUGGCUCAUCACGCGCGAUUCCAAAGGGCAACGAGAAGUGGCUGAAGGCCGUUCGUGACUUCUACGAGUACAAGACUACAGAACUGCUGAAGGAGAAAUCGUACAAGCUGGGCGAUACUAAUUAUGUUGAUAUCAUCCGCGAUGUGAGCAACAUGGCUCAUGUGCGUUUCGGAUCUGAGCUCUUCAGCCUGCCUUUGAAGACCAAAGACUUUCCCAGAGGGAUAUUCACUGAGGCGCAGAUGUACCUCAUCAUGGCUGCGGUCUUCAUUUGCGUCUUCUUCGACCUAGAUCCACCGAAGUCGUUCCCUCUGCGCGUCAAGGCGCGCGAGGCCUGCCAACAACUCGGAGCGCUCAUGAAGCUCCAAGUGGAGAGCAUCAAGCGUACAGGCCGCAUUGCUGAACUCCUCAUCGAUGCCAUUAAACCCAACGACGGACCACUCGGCGACUACGGCGUCCACAUGAUCGCUCAGCUCAUCAAAGCCAACCCGGACAUGGAUGUCGACGAACUCGUUUGGGGCAACAUUAUGGGCACUGUCGGAGGCAUGAUGCCAAAUCAGGGCCAACUUUUCGGACAAGCUCUCGACUACUUCUUCACCGAAGGCCAGUCGCAUUUGGCAGAAAUCAACCGGCUCGCCAAGCUCGACACUCCCGAAGCCGACGAUACCCUCAUGCACUAUCUGAUGGAAGGUGCUCGCCUCUAUGGUGAGACUGGCGCUUUCCGAUACGCAACCAAGGAUACCACCAUCGUUGAUGACACUGGUCUCGAGAACUUCCCAGGCUCCGACAAAGGCAAAGUCACGCACAACAUCAAAAAGGGAGAUGUCAUCAUGGUGAAUUUCAAAUCCGCCUCUCGCGAUGCCCGAGCUUUCCCCAACCCUGACAAACUCGACCUCACGCGGGACCUGGACAGCUAUCUCAUCCUCGGUCACGGACCCCACCAAUGUCUCGGUCUGCCCAUGACGCGCGUAGCUCUCACGACAAUGCUCAAAGUCAUCGGGCGACUCGAUAACCUCAAGCCUAUGCCUGUGGCCGUUGGUAAGAAGAGUGAGCCGCACAGCGUGAAGAAGGUCAUGAAGGAAUUUGUGCCUGGGGACAGCAAGGUUUUGCCUGAGAGCUGGCAUUAUCAUCUGUAUUUGACAGAGGAUUGGGAUCAGUAUUUCCCGUUCCCAACGAGUCUGAGGGUUGGAUGGACGGGUCAGGUGAAAGAUGUGCCCAGGAGGUGGUAGAGGGCGCUAGGGGGAAGAGCAUGGGGAAAGGUUCAUUGUGUGUAUGAUUUGAAAUGUGACAUACGGCAGAGCGGUUUUGAAAAGGGCAUCAGUACUGAGGGAAAGGGAGUUUAGUGGGGUUUGAGCAUUGUGUAGAUGUGUACAUGUCUGUUUUAGCGGAGUGUUCGGGCUAGCGCAUAUGACGAUUUUCCAUUUGAU